AUGUCUGUUCAAGACCAAAUUUGUUACAACUCAAUGGGAUUGCUCAGAUCCACUCUUGUUAUGAUCAACAACCAUCUACGCGAUAUUCAAGCCGCCAGGAAAAUCAAAGAAGAACUUAGGGUUUUGCAUCUUUUCCCCUUGAAGGACUUUCAAGUUGAUCAGCAGCUUAACCUUAUUUAUACUCCUGUUACUCACACUAUCACACUGGACUUCUUCACCUUUGCUGCCUUCCAAGGAAGGACAGACAUCUUGGAGGCAUUUCUGGCUCUGCCUGGCCCUAGCAAAACUUGCGAUCUGUCGAAUCCUCUUUGUCUAUCUUUACUCAACGGACAUAUCGAUACAGCCAAAUUUCUGCUCUCGAAAGGUGCUGAUCCACGUGGAAUAUCCUGCACGAAUGGCCUACAUGCUGCCGCAAGAGCAGGAUGUCCCGAACUGGUCUUAGAUUUUCUUGUCAGCUGGAAAAUCCCCGCAGACUGUACUGAUGCUGACGGCGCCACGCCUGCUAUAUACGCCCUUUAUCUUCCGGAGCAAGAUGCCAUUGGGAUAAUUGAUAUUCUCAUCAGACAUGGAGCAUCCCCCAAGAUGACCUUUGCAGAUAAAACUAAGACAUAUGCAUACUACGCAUCGGCCAUGAAGAAGUACAACUUAGCCUCAUGGCUUCAUCAGAUGGAAAGAGAGUCUUUCGAUUAUACUAUGGAAUUUAUACGGAAACAAACUCAAGACCUUCAACUUGGGGAUUCUCAGAAACUACACUCAGAAGAGCGGGAGGCCGAAUGGGUUGAUGUUCCAUUAUUACUCUCGUCUGAGCUUUCGGAGUAA